AUGGAUGGGUAUGGUCAGGCUACUGAGCAGUUCUCUGCAUGGUUGAGCGAAGUUGCGGGUGUUCGUAUGUCGCCUAAGAUCGCGAUCAGCGAUCUGCGAAAUUUCAAUCAAGGUCGAUGUGUGGUGGCUAGAGAGGCUAUUGAGGGUCAGGAAGUGUUAUUUGAGAUUCCUAGGAGUGCUAUCUUAAAUGUGGGGACUUCGCGAUUGACUGAGAAGUAUCCUGGGAUACGCGGAAGACUUUUGGAAGAGAUUGGACAUUGGGAGGGGCUUGUGCUGUGUAUGUUGUAUGAGAUGAAGGUUUUGAACAUACAGAGUCGCUGGUGGGCCUAUUUUCAAGUUCUUCCCAGGCCGGAUGAGGUCAAUUCGUUGAUGUUUUGGAACGAUGAGCAGUUGGAAGGUUUGAAGCCUUCCUUGAUCGUCGAAAGGGUGGGAGUGGCAGAGGCCAAGCAGAUGUAUGAGCGGGUGUUGCAGUAUGUUGAGGAGUCGGGAGUUGAAGAAUUGGGAUCCGUUUCGUGGUCGGAUUUCGUCUAUGUGGCCAGUGUCAUCAUGUCGUACUCAUUCGAUGUUGAGCUGGUCGAUGCUGACCCCAAUGAGGAACAGGAAUUGUCUACUGUGAAGAAUGACGGGUACAUGAAGUCAAUGAUCCCACUGGCAGAUACUUUGAAUGCUAACACGAGCAAAUGUAAUGCGAACCUAGUUUACGACAUCGAAUCAUUGAAGAUGUGUGCGACAAAGCCUAUUGGGAUGGGUGAACAAGUGUAUAACAUCUAUGGUGACCAUCCUAAUUCGGAGUUGCUAAGGAGGUACGGAUAUGUGGAGUGGGAAGGAUCAAAAUACGACUUUGGUGAAGUACCGAUGGCCACUUUGGUGAAUGUAAUUCACCAAAAAUUCCAAUGGGACAUUGAACACUUGACACAACUGAUCGAUAUCAUUAGGGACAAUGAAACGAUAGGCGAUGAGCUUCAGGGCGAGAAUAUUGUACUCCAUGCAUACGAUUGUUAUUCGGAUGGUCAAAUCAUACCAGAAUGCGUGGUUCUCUUACAGAUAAUGGUCACUUUCCUUCAAAUUUCAGAAGCUCGUACUUUGGACAGGCCUGCGGUCGAAAGAACCCUAUUACGUGUGGUAAAGAAGUGUUUCCAAUUAGUGGAGAGUGGAAGAAUUACUAAAAACUGUGCCAGAAUGAUAGAGUACGUGAUAGAUGCACGUUUAAGAGAAUACCCAAGCCAUGCAUUCCGUGAAAUAACUCCAGAUCACUACUCCAUACCAGAUAUCGAGUCUCUGCGGCAGAGGAUGACCGAAAAAGUCUUGCAAAGUGAAGUCGAUUCGUUGCAAAACUGUUUCCAAUCGGUGGAAGAAAACUUUAAGCUCAUAGCAGAUUCGAAAUUGCUCGAAAACAUCUCUAAGAGAAAGUUGCCAGUGAAGAAGUUCAAGACCAUGAAGAAGGUCAAACGUUAG